GACCUCACUCUCGGUUAGUAAGUAGUAAUAUUUCAGUCUUUUUUUUCUUUUCAAAAUGGGAUCCCUGUGUUCUGAUAGGGAGGCGUGGCUACCUAGGCGCAGACGUCCGCCAUGUUGUUUUUCUAACUUACAGUGUUACAAGAGAGACGAUUUCGAAAAAAUACAGUUUAGCCAAAAUGACGCUAAAAGAUGUAGUUGAAAAACGAAUCAUCGAUAAUGUGUUCAAACCUCUUCACAAAGUCGGUGAAUGGAAGGUUCUGGUGGUUGAUCAUCUAAGCAUGCGUAUGGUUUCCUCUUGUUUAAAGAUGCAUGAUCUACUUGAAGUUGGAAUAACAAUUGUGGAAAAUGUGCACAUUCAAAGGGAACCACUGAAUCGCCUGGAGGCAAUUUACCUCAUUACUCCUGAUGAAAAGGUUCUUGAGGAGGUCAUUGAAGACUUUGAUUCAUUUUUUCUUACCUACAAAUCCGCCCAUAUUUUCUUCACUGAAGUCUGUCCAGAUCACUUGAUGACCAAAUUGCAUCAGAUACGAAAAUUUGUGAAGACGCUGAAAGAGAUAGACAUUGCUUUUCUGCCAUGUGAGGAACAGGUGUUUUCACUGGAUAACCCAAGCACAUUUGACAGAUUUUUCUCCCCUGCUGUUCAAAACCAGGAGCACGUUGAGCAUAUGGAGAAAAUAGCCGAGCAGCUCGCCACGCUCUGUGCUAGCUUGGGAGAGUUCCCAUCCAUACGAUAUAAACCAGACAACCCGAAGAUGGUCGGAUUUGCUAACCAAGUGAAAGCCAGACUGGAUGUGUACAAACGUGACGACCCUUCAAUAGGAGAGGGUAGAUAUCCGGCUCAGUUGAUAUUGUUAGACAGGGGAUUUGACCCAAUCUCACCUCUACUGCACGAGUUGACAUACCAGGCCAUGGCGUACGAUCUGAUCAAUAUAAAAAACGAUGUCUUCAAAUACAAGGUUGAAGACGAGGAUAAAGAAGCACUCCUUGAUGAAAAUGACGAGAUGUGGGUGAAAUUACGUCAUCUUCACAUUGCCGACGUGUCACGGAAAAUACCCGAAGAAAUAAAAGAGUUUUCCGAGAAAGAGAAGUUGCCCUCAUCCCAGAACAAGAUGAAAGACCUCCAAGCGAUGUUGAAAAAGGCACCCCAGUACAAAGAUCAAGUGAAGAAGUUCAUGGUUCAUUUUAGCCUGGCGGAAGAAUGCAUGCGACACUACAACGAAGUUGCGAAUAAGUUAUGUCCUGUAGAGCAGGAAUUGGCAACAGGCUUUGACAAGGAUGACGUGAAGCUGAAGGAGCCAGUUAAAGGGAUAGUGCCAGUUCUCUUGGACCAUGAUAUCAGGUUGCAUGAUAAGCUAAAAGUCAUUCUUCUCUACAUCUUAUUCAAGCACGAAGGGAUCAGUGAGGAGAACCUUGACAAGCUGUGUGGCCACGCCCAAAUUCCUGUUGAAGAUAGGGCGGAGAUCAUGAACAUGGAGUAUCUUGGGAUCCCUGUCAUCAAGGGCUCAAUCCAAAAGAAGUACAGUCCUGUCCGCAAGACGAGAAUGGAGACGUUCUAUCUGCUGUCACGAUGGGUGCCUUAUAUCAAGGAUAUCAUAGAGGAUGCUAUCGAGGGGACGCUUAGUGAGCAGUUAUUCCCGUUCCUUGUCAAGCGGGCUUUACCUGUUGCUGGAGGCUACGCGACAGGGUUCCCCGCCACCAGCGCUCGUCGUGCAAAAGCUGCCAAGUCAGAUAAGACAGCAGCGCCUGUUAGCCUUGUCCCACGACUCAUUGUGUUCAUAGUUGGCGGGGUCACCUAUUCAGAGACAAGGUCAGCAUACGAGGUGAGCAGAGCAAGUGCCGGAAGGCAAGAGUGGGAAGUCUUGAUUGGGUCCGAUCAAAUAACCACGCCCCAAGCCUACCUUGAUAAGCUGCGUAACCUUCCAACGUCACCAUAAGGGAAAAGACACAAAGAGGGAAUACAACAUGCAUAUCAUACAUGUGACGAUAACGAUAAAAAUGAUAAGAAGCAAACCGCCGCCAGCACUACAGCCUAUAAUCCAGUACAAAUCACUCAUCUCUCCUGCGAACAGAACGUCAUAGAGGGUCAGACGGAUGGAAAAAUAAACGACACAGAGACGGAUGGAUAGAAAGCAGACAGACAGACAAACCUACGGACGUAACGUCGUGGAAACUUGAGAGUUUGCAAACAUUUUAUCAUUUUCUUUUUUAAUAUACAAUAAAAAGCCCCACAAUUCUUCA